CAAGCCCAGAAGUUCGGGGAGAGUUGAACUGUUUCCAGUUUAGAGAACACAAUGGCAACUGCACAUUCUGGUGAGGGAGAGAUGCAGAGACCAGAGCCACUCAGAAUAGUUCUUCUUGGAAAGACUGGCCAUGGAAAAAGCUCCACAGGAAACACCAUUAUUGGAAAGAAUAAGUUCAAAGCUGAUCUUUCUGUAUCAUCAGUCACCAAAUGUUGUCAGAAAGAAGUGGGUGAAGUGGACGGUCAUACUGUCGUCGUGGUCGACACUCCUGGACUGUUUGAUAACAAUUUGUCCCAUGAUGAGGUUCAGGAGGAGCGGGAUAAAUGUAUCAGUCUUCUGGCUCCAGGACCACAUGUCUUCUUACUGGUGUUAAAAAUCAAACGACUCUCAUUGGAAGACAAGAAGACCCUGAAACUCAUGACCACAGCAUUCGGGAAAAAUUCAGAGAAGUUCACCAUCAUUCUUUUCUCCAAAGGAGAUUCACUGAAAAACCAGGAAAAGUCAAUUGAACAGUACAUCAGUGAAAGUGGUGACUAUUUUAAGAGGCUCGUCUCUGACUGUGGAGGAAGAUACCAUGUGUUUGAUAACUCAGACAGACAAAACACAAAGCAAGUCAGUGAACUGAUAGCAAAGAUCAACACCAUGGUGGAGAAAAACAGAGGUGACUGCUUCAUCAAUGAGGCACUGAAAGUUGAGGCACUAAGAAAAGAAAAGCAAAACAUCCCGAAGGAGAAAGAAAACGAGACGAAAAAUGAGAUGGAAGAUCCUAUAAUAUGUAUACUGAAAAACAUCAGUGAAAGUGGUGACUAUUUUAAGAGGCUCGUCUCUGAAUGUGGAGGAAGAUACCAUGUGUUUGAUAACUCAGACAGACAAAAUCGAAAGCAAGUCAGAGAGCUGAUAGCAAAGAUCAACACCAUGGAAAAUAUCAAUAUACUUGAAGAAAAAUUACGAGAACAAGAAAAGCGACAACAAGAAGAAGAGGAAAGGAAAAGAGAAGUUGACGUGCUCCACCGAGUGUCACAACAAACCUAUGAAGUCUUGCAAUUCAAAAUAAUUCAAAAAUCCUUAUUACAGGAGAUGAUGCUGCAGAAGCUGAGAGAAGAGCUGAAAGAGAAACAAGACGCCUGGGACACGAUCCAGAGGGAAAAUAGGGAGAAAACAUUUGCAGAAAAUAUGCAGAAACAGAUCGAGCAUGACAUGGAACGCCUGAGGUGA